AUGCUGCUGCUGCUGCUGCUGGCCGAGGGGAAACUCCGCUUCCACCAAGGCAAGACGCUGCCGCUGCCUCCGCUGCCGCUGCUGCGGUCGGAGAAAUCAGAGUGUGUCAGAAAAACGACGCUCCUGAACGCACCACACGGCAAAACAAGCCCUUUUAUCGCCACGCUCGCGGUGCAUUGUGGGGCUUUAUGUAAACCCAACAUGGCAGCUGCCUGGGCCAGAACACUAGGUAAGGUCGGCUGGUCUCUCCUGGAGACUCCAGCAGUCCGCCGGCCCGGUACCGUCUCCUACCUGGUGGGGAAUGUGAGCGCACAUGCGUCCAGGAGGGCUUACGGAACCGGCGGCACGGGGGUCCGGUCCAAACUGCUGUUCUCUCUGCGGGGAGGUGGAGGCAGGGUCCUGGGCUGCGCCUUCCUGCUCGGUGGAGGUCUGGGUCUGUAUCAGACUGUGAAGCUCUCUGUCCAGCAGCACCUGGCCGAGGAGGAGACCAAGGUUCCAGGUGGAGGUCUGAAGUUGACUCUGUACCAGUACAAGACCUGCCCGUUCUGCAGCAAGGUGCGAGCCUUUCUGGACUACCACGGGCUGCCCUACGAGAUCACGGAGGUGAACCCGGUGAUGAGGCAGGAGAUCAAGUGGUCGGCCUACAGAAAAGUGCCCAUCCUGGUGGUGGACGACCAAGUGCAACUGAACGACUCAUCUGUCAUCAUCAGCUCCCUCAAGACUUAUUUAAUCAGCAAGGAGAAAAAAGUGUCUGAGAUCAUUCGCUGCUACCCGGAGAUGAAGUCUGUGAACGACAGUGGGAAGGAGGUGACGGAGUACAACAACAAGUACUGGCUGAUGCUGAGCGAAGCCGACACCGCUCUGGUUUACCCCGAGAAGGGGAUGCAGAAAGAGGAGAUGAAGUGGCGUAAGUGGGCUGAUGAUUGGCUUGUCCACCUCAUAUCUCCCAAUGUGUACCGAACCACCGGCGAGGCCCUGGCCUCCUUCGAUUACAUCGUACGCGAGGGCAAGUUUGGCACUUUUGAAGGUUUCUUUGCCAAAUACGUGGGCGCUGCGGCCAUGUUCCUCAUCUCCAAAAGGCUGAAAAGUCGACACAACCUGCAGGACGACGUCAGGCAGGAUCUCUACAAGGCCGUCAACGACUGGGUGGCAGCCAUCGGCAAGAAGAGGAAGUUCAUGGGUGGUGAUGAUCCUAACCUGGCGGACCUGGCGGUGUUUGGCGUCCUCAGAGUGAUGGAGGGCCUGCAGGCGUUUGACGACAUGAUGGAGAACACCAAAGUCAAACACUGGUACAGGCGCAUGGAGAGCGCGACCCUCAACCACGAGGGUCGCAAAUGAGGCCGAGACCGGAGCCGGGCUGAGCCGCGCGAGCGACGGAGGCCACAGAAACACCGAGCGCUUCCGGCCUCAGACAGACUGAACGGAAACCCUGCAGGAAGCAAAGCAUCGGGAAGCAACGAGUCCUGCUUCAGCUGUGGACAUUUCAAACGGUUUGACAGCGGUCGCUGCCGCCAUGAUUGAUUUCCUGCUCGACACGUGAAUUUAAACCGGUUCAUUUGUUAGAACGAAUUAAUUUUCACACACAUGAAAACGUUUAAUUUUACCUUUUAAUGUCCAGGCUGCUUUGUGGUGGGGCCAUAGUUUAAGAACGUCUGUGACUCUUACUGACCUCUAGUGGCGAAUAGUUAGAACUGCAGCAACAUCAAUAAAAGGUUCUGUAUCUGUUCUGCAAAUUUAAGGCCCUUAGCCAGUGAUUUUACAUUUUACAUUUCCAGGCCUUGAUUAGUGUCUGGAAAAGUCCUGAGAAGAAAAAAAAAUCAGUUUGUAUUAUUGCUUAUUAACCAUCUUAAAAAAAAAGCAACAUAUUUCAGUGGUUCUCAGCCAAAGAGUUUGAGCUUCAACACACGGAACAAAACUGGAUCUCUCCACCGUACAAAUCAGUUUCCACUUCUUCAGGUUUUUCCUCUGAAUUCUGCUCUUUCCCUUCAUAAAUAUUAACGUUUUAGUUCCAAAAUAUAUUGGAGCCCAGUCUGAGGAGAAGUUUAAAUAGGAACCAGGUUUAAACUGUUUUCUUUCAGAAUCUCAUGUUCACUUCAGGGCCCCUGUUGAUUCUUCAGAGCUUUCACAUCACAGCAGUUUUGUCUGGAAAAACUGAUUAUUUUUUAUUUUCUUCUGAGCUCAGCAGUUUUGCUGUCGAGGAGAUCAGGUUGUCUCAGUAUUUAUUUCAGAUGAUUUUUUUCGUCGGUGUAACUAAUGCAGGAUCAGUCUGGCAGUGAGGAAUCAGGAAGCUCAUCGACUGGUGUUUUUUUCUCUUUUGGGGUAAAAUAAAAUAAAACCGGAGAAGAUCUGGUGAGCUGCCAGUUUGAAUGUACUUAAUAUGCAAACUGUCAACUGCAAAUUAAUUUCUGACUUAACUGUAUUCAAAUCCUCCUAAAUGUGUAUAGUUGUAAAAAGGUAAAAUAAAAAAGGAAACCUGGG